UAAAUUAAAACCCAACUCUCGAGAGUCCAAUAAAGAAUCUAGGGCGACAGCAGAUUGUUUCAUCUGAUCUGAAACUCCGUCGCCCACUUCCCAAACAAAGCAAAUCGAUGGCGCCGCCUCCUGGACCAUACUCCGGCACCAGCACUCUUGCUCUCGUGGCUCGUGCAUCUGCUUUCUCUUUUGGACUCGUUUAUGGUAGCAUUAAGCUCAAGUAUCUCAAGGCCAAGGCAAGGUCUCAAAGGAAAGCUGAAGCAAAGGCUCACCACUGAAGCAGGGUUGGUUUUUGUUCAUAGUUGGUUUGCAUGAGUGAAUUGAGUUUGGUGUAGGAAUAAAGCAUAAAAAUGGUAUUGUACCAGAUUUUCAUUUCGGCUUAAAGCUUCUAUGGACAAUGACAUUCUUGUCCCCAAAUUUUUUUAGUAUUACGAACUUGGCACUUCAAGUAUUAGUUUUUCAGUUGGCAAUGGCACUACCGAUGUUUAGUGUCUUUAGUUAAUGGGGAAGAUGUUGGAUGAUUAUAUGCUUCCAUGUUCAAUGUAAUAAUUCUCACUUUUUGGCUCCCAA